AGCGCGCGCGCCUCGCCACUCUCCGUCCCGUGCAGAUGCGCGCGCAGUAACUCGUUUGUCAAUUCUCAUCAGUUCCGUCAGAACCGAACCGGUCCGGACUCGGCGGUGAGGGUUAAUCGGCCCCCCGGGGGAGCGGAUGAAGAAACACAUUUUGCUCAUUUUCACAUACCGAGGACUCCUCAGCAAAGGAAAGAAGAAUAAAAAGAGAAAAUGGCCAAUUUCGUGUUACGGAAAGCCGAGCGCGAGGACGUGGCCGAUAUACUGCGACUCAUAAAGGAACUUGCCAAGUAUGAGGAGAUGGAGGAACAGGUCAUUCUGACUGAGAAAGAUUUGUUGGAGGAUGGUUUCGGGGAUCAUCCUUUCUAUCAGUGCGUCGUGGCUGAAGUGCCGAGAGAGCAGCAGAGUGCUGAAGGCCACACGGUGGUCGGUUUCGCCAUGUACUACUUCACCUACGACCCCUGGAUCGGGAAGCUGCUCUACCUGGAGGACUUUUACGUCAUGAAGGAGUUCAGAGGAUUUGGAAUCGGAUCAGAAAUCCUGAAGUACCUGAGCCGUAUGGCAGUAAAGUGUCGCUGCAGUAGUUUGCACUUCAUCGUCGCUGAGUGGAACAAACCAUCCAUUGAGUUUUAUAAGCGUCGCGGCGCCAGUGAUCUCUCGCUGGAGGAGGGCUGGAGGCUGUUCAAGAUCGACAAGCAGAACCUGAUCAAGAUGAUGUCUGAGGAGUGACACGGGGAAGAGAAGACGUUUUAUAUUCAUUUGACUCACACAAUGAAAGACAGAAAAUUCAGCUUCAGUGUUUACGGAAUUAAAUCUACAGUGUAAUGAUGAUGAUGAAGAGGAUGAAGAUGAUGCUCUACAUCUAUUCUAAGAGUGUGUCUUGUAUUAAUAUUGUUUUUUGUACUUUUUAUAUAAUUCACAUUAUGAUGUCACAGAUGAUGUAAUAAACACACAUUUCAGAUUCA